AACCAUCUGCAAUAUUAGUUUGACAUUCGUCUCUUCCGCUAUAACAGUAGCUAGUAAAUUUUUUCUUUCUUUUCCCAUCCGAUAGUCAAAAAACGACGUGUCAUCAUAUCCGUAGAUUGAAUCCCAAUUUCUAAAUAUUCCUUUUGAACAAAUUUUAAAGUGCAAAAUUUCGGAAUAUUUCAUAACUAAAUCACUAUGGAAAUUUACAUUUCCUAGCGUUACCAAAUCCUUUCAUUUUUUUUGCUUUCAUAAAAAUCAAUUAUAGAAACUGAUUUCCGUUUGUUUGAAAAAAUAACAAUAAUUAUUAAAUCUGUGAUUUUUUCAAUUAUUCUGUCUUAUGAUUUGUUUUGUGCGUCCCAGCCUAGUUAUGUUUUCGAUCGAGUACAGCAAGCAAUUCCUGAGCUAUCGCAUUCUCAAGUCCAAUCGGUUCAAAUAUAUUUGACGAUACGGACUCGGACCAAGUGCUAAAAAAAGGUGCGUGAGUGUUUUUGUGCGUUUAGAAAGCACUCCCUUUGGUAAGACCUGGAAAGUCUUGCCAUUUAUGAAAAUUCGCAUAUCUCCAUCUAAAAAGCGAUUUUCAAAACGGGUGAAUUCAAGUUUUUUGACGAAGGAUUCCUUGAGGAAUUAUUUUUCAAAUUCAAUUAUAUCGAAUGUCUAAAAAAUUCAGAAGUAAAAAUAAAACAUCAAAUUAAGGAAAAUUGUUAGAAUUAAGAAAAAAAAAACAAAAGAAAUUGAAAAAUUUGUAAACGAGAUCUGCACGUAUUUAGUGAUUGAAUUUGACAGUAGUCAGAAACUGAAAUCAUGAUUGUUUAUGUUCCGGGCAGAAUGCCAAGUCACGUUGGUCCGUACGGUGUUGCUCGCUAUCCGGGCAGCCUACUUGGUGCGGUACCAGGUUACUAUAAUCCGAUUUCUGGAUAUUCAACCAGCCAAAACUCCAACUACUACGGAAAUUUGGGUGUUCACCAGCCGUCGCUGGAUCUUCCGCUUUGGCCACGGAGGAUGCCGGCUGAAGAAGAAUUGGUAACAUCGCCCUCUGCAGGAUUGGCAAGCCUGGGGGUCUCAUCUGGUAUCCUAGGAAAUGGUGGUCCACCCAGUCCUGCUCAUAGCGAUUCCGAUGCUUCCAAUUCAAGUUUAGAACUUGGCUCCGAUAAGAGAGGAGAUAACGCUCAACUUAAGUGCAGAUGGCUAAAUUGUGGACGAUGGUUCACAUCAUUGGAACAAUUGGCAGGUCAUGUUGCACGACUACAUGCAGCACCUGGACCUCGAGGACUGUUUUACUGCGGAUGGGAAGGAUGUGCCAGAGGAGAACGUGGUUUCAAUGCGAGGUACAAGAUGCUGGUGCAUGUUAGAACACACACGAAUGAGAAGCCACACCAUUGUUUUCAAUGUGACAAGAGUUUUAGCAGAGCGGAAAAUUUGAAAAUUCACGCAAGAUCGCACACCGGUGAACGUCCCUAUGUAUGUCCAGUUGAAGGUUGUAAUAAGGCCUACUCGAAUUCUUCCGAUCGAUUUAAACACACAAGAACUCAUGCAGUCGACAAGCCCUAUUGCUGCAAAGUGCCUGGCUGUCCAAAGAGGUACACGGAUCCAUCAUCAUUACGAAAACACGUUAAAACCUAUCGUCACUAUGUCAACAAUAAUGAUAAAAUUCAAGAAAAAAGCUUUGACGAAAGUGGCAGUAGCAACACUGCCGACAAGACCAGAUACGAUACAACACCCGAGAAACGAAGUUUUGAAUCCAGUGAAAAAAAUUCCAGUAUCGAGAGCUCAGGUUCUAGUCAAAAAGCAAGCAACAGCUUUGAGGAGCAACGAAAAUUUGUCGAAUGGAACAACAUGUACAAUGCACAAGAACGAAAAGAACAUUUAAUGACACCACCAAAAAAUUACGAUACAGAAAUUAAAAUUUAUCCAAUGAUUUACGAAGAGAAUUACAUAUUACCAGAUCGAAAUCCUUUAUAUCAGACUCCAAUUAUGAACGAGCGUUCAAUAUCAUCAUCGCCAAACACUAGUCCAAAAGAUGUUCCCGAUAUGCUACAUCGAAUAGGAAUGCAAUCGACUCCAAUUAAAAUUGAAGAGACCUCCACUGAUCGAAGUGCGAUCGUCGAUUACAGAAAUAUUGAGUCAAUUGUCAACAGCACGCCCUGCAAAAGAGAGAAUACAAUAAAUUGCGACCCUGUGAGAAAUUCUGUGAUAAAACGAGCUGAGCAUUUGAAAAUGGAAAUAAUGGAGGAACCAGUUCCAAAAGAAGAGCCAAGAACAGAAGAUUGCUGCUGUCGUCACAAAUGUUGUCAUCACAAUAAUGAAACCAUCAUUGAAAAAACAAAAAUCCUCUCUGACUUGAUUCUAAAAGCACAAAAUCCAUUGUUCAGACAUCUAUUGGGUUCAGUUGAUCUUCAAUAUGGUUUGCAAAAUAUGUGGAGCAAUAUGGUUGACGGUAGCAACACAUGCGGACAAGAUCUUAGAGUUAAGAGUAGUGAGGUCACUGAAAUGGAGCAGGAUCUGCCAUUAGAUCUGACUAUUAACAAGUAAAUUGUCAGAACCAAAAAAAAAAAAAAUAUCCAUAUUAUAUCAAAAGGUCUAGCUGGUCUAAGCCUUCGCGGGUGAAAAUUAGAAUUCGAUUCGGUUAUCUCAAAGAUGAAAAUAAGCGAAGGUACACUUUGCUCGAUACUAAUUAAGGUCAGAGUACCAUCUCAUGUUCUGGUCAAAUUUUCAAGCCAAAUAUAUAUAUAUAAUGUAUUAUCGAGUCGAUCAAAUCAAAAACAUGACUUGCUCAAUACUUAAAGUACUCUGACUACAUUGUUGUGCGCUUCAAGAGAAUUUUUCUACGUUUACAAAAUUUUGUUUUUAUCAUUGUACCAGUGAACGUUUUCACUGGUACAUGUAAAUUUCUUCUGCAAGUUAUCAAAGUAUAUUCUAUCAACUAUUCUUUUUUUUUUUUUAAUAAAAUAUGAUUUUUCAUAAGAGUUAACGGAAAUGCUGUACAGCCUUUCCAUUUAUUCUUAUGAUUUUUUGAUUUCGAUUUUUUUUUUAAAUUUUUUUGUCUACUGUAGAAAUUUCCGUUUAUAUGAAAAUCAAAUCUUUAUUUGGACGAAUUUCUCUUUGAAUUUGUAAAGCUUUCCGAGUAACAACCAAAGAGUUUUAUCUUUAAAUGAAAGUAGAGACUUAAUUAAUUAGUUUCAGGAAAAAACUAGCUAAAUCUAAAAGUAGCCUGAAAUUAGUUGAUAAUGAAUCAAUAAUAAUAAUAAUCAAGUAACUAAAAACUCUACUCGAAGGCAAAUAAAUGUACACGCCCUACAUAUAAAAACAUUGUCAAACAGUUUCAUAGGAAUUUCAAAUUCCUUGCUUUGAAAAUUUUCUUACAAAAUUGUAUAUAUAUAUAUGUAUCUGUAUAUGUGUAAAAGACGGCAGAAAAUUAAAAAAAAAUAUAUAUCAAAAAAAAUAAGUGCCUUAUUCUCAAAGAUAUGUCAGAUUAUUCAAUAAAAAACAAUAUUUAUACGAAA